CCAAAUAAAAAGAAAUUUAAAAAAAAAGAAUAAUUGUACGUAAAUAACUGUGCUAGUCGGGGAAAACACGCGGGUGAUUGUGCUAAUUGUUAAGAUAUUCGAGAACAGUUGCAAAACACACUCGCGAGUUCCAGCAAAACGCCAGCAAACGGGAGGAGCAGCGCGCCAGCAGCGCAGCAACAAGCGUAGGCAAAAAGCAAACAAUUGGAUAAGCGCUCGCUCUGGCCCGUAGAAACAGCAGCAGCAGCAGUGGUAGAGAAAGAGAGAGGAAGGUGUUGUUGGGUGCACGCUGCUUAACGCUGAUAGAUACUGUUUAAGCAUUUAAACCUUGGCCAAAAGUUAAACAUUAUUACGUACAAACAUUGUUCUUGUUGUGGCUGCCACUGCCUGUCGACGUGGGGGCAGAGCAGCACCAGCACCAGUUGCAGCGCAGCGCAGCGCGAGCAGCAGCAGUAGCAGCAGCAGCGUGUGAUCGAGAUUCUCGUCGGUUGGCUCGGUUGUCGUUUUCGUCGGUCGCCGGUGAAAUGGUGUCGACUGUCGUUGCCCUCGCCGACGCUCCCGCCGUCGCCGUCUACGUUUCUGCCGCUGCAGAGACCACCGCAGUGACCAUGAAGCGAAAAAUGUUGUUCUGAAUUCAGUAAAUGUUGAAAGAAAAAGUGAGAAAUAAGCAAUAAUAAUACAAAUAAGUUUUAUAACGCGUAAAACAGCUGAGAAUACGAAUCCAAACGAAUAAUACAACCAUAUGUAUGCCCAUUUGUGCCCUUUAAAGCUUCAAAAGCAACAACAAAGAAUGUGAGAGAAAGAGGUGUGCGACGAGAGUGAGUGUGAAAAGAAAGUCGAGCCAAGAAAAAGUGCCUGCACCCAAAUGUGCUCUCAGUAAAGUAAAGUUAAAUCCCCCCGUAUUUGAGUCUUCCUGCUGGCUGGCACCACUGCUAAGCGCCAAAUGCUUCAACGGCUUUUCUUCCCCAAAGCCCCUGGUCGUCUCCCACGUGCUUCACCCAGAUAUUAACUCUCCUUGGGCUUCCUCAGUGAGUGCACUGACUGCCCACAUGACUGGGAUUAGCAGCGGAUAGCGACUGGAAUAAACCCACAACCCAACACCCCAAAACAACCACAGCUGACAAAUAUUAUGGAAAAAGCGAAAGCGUAUAUCAAAAAUGAACUUCGUGGUGGCAUCCAGCCACAGCAGCAGCCGCAACAGCAGCAGCAGCAGCAGCAGUCCCUUCAAUCCGAGCCAGCAACGACGCCCGCAUCGCCAUCGCCCUCUGCGGCCUCGUCCAAACAGCAGCAGCAGCAGCAGCUGUAUCCGCACUGCGAGCUGAUGCCCUCACCAGGAGCAGCAGCAGCAUUGGCACACCGAUCCCGGACACCCAGCGACCUUUACCACCAGCAUGCCAUGUCCCUUGGCUAUGCGCCGCAUCCAUCGCAGCAACAGCAGCAGCAGCACUACUAUCCCGCACAUACGGGAGUCAAGUCCACGGGUCGAGCAUCGGCGCCUCCAGAACACCACAUGGUCGUGUCCGUUUGCUUUGUCUGCGGCUGCCACGGGGGCUACGAGAUGCAGGCGCUGCGCGUGCGGCAGAGCGCAGAGCGGCCGAGCGAGUCCUUCUUUCCGUUUCUGGAGCGGCAUGAGCCGCCCAAUGGGAUGGCCAGUGUGACGGCCAGCCAGGAGUACGUGUGGGCGUGUCUGCUCUGCUAUCGCUCCCUCAACGAGCAGUGGGACGCGUACGAGCGCCACAAGAAGCCGCUGCUGCAGCGCAUCUACCACAUGAAGCGGAUGGACGGCAAGGGCUACAUCGGAGCGGAUGUGGCCACCCAAAGCGAGUACGCCGCCCAGGUGCUGGGCCUCAGUGCGGAUCAUCUGGGCCAGAACGGACUGGCGGAGCUGCAUGGCAUGGAUCCGUAUGCCCUCGCCCGUCACUACUCCCCGCACCAUCAGCCAUCGGGAGCGGCAACGCCGACACCUCAUCACCUUAGUACCUCAAGGAAUGCCUCACCCUCGCCCAUACCCAGUGGUGCGGGUGGCGGUGACUAUUAUCCACGGAAUGCCACCACGCCCACAAGCAACAGCAACAACAACAACAAAUACCUGAGUCGUCCGCAAUCGCGGGACAUGCCAGUGGCCUCGCCCUCGUCACGACCACCCAGCGAACCGCCGGCCACCAAGAGCAGCAGCGCCUCCAACUACUCGCAGCACAAAUUCAAGCCGGGCAGCGCUCCUGGAGCGGCAGCAUCGCCAUAUGGCGGACAGGCGACGAGCUAUCAUCCCGCUCAGUAUCAGCAGCUGCAGCAGCAGACUGCAGCCUACCACCUGCUGCAGCAGGCAGCCGCUGGAGGAGCGGCAGGGGGACCUGAGCAUCCGGCGCACUACAAGGGCAAUCCGUACAGUGCAAUGCCCUCGCCGGGCAGUGCCCACCUGGGGCCACCGCCACCGACAGCCGGCCUGGAGGAUGACAAUGCCACGGUGCUGGAUCUGCGUCACGUGAGCGCCAGCGUGGCUGGUGGCAGCUCGGGAGGAACGACAAGGAGCAACACCACAGCCACAGGCACAGCAGCCGCAGCCGCAGCGAUCAGUCAACCGCCGGCAGAGGUGGGCAUCCUCGACCUCUCGAUGCCCGACAAGAACUCCAUCACGGAGGUGUGCUACGUGUGCGGCGAUGAGCAGCGUCGCGGCAGCCUCAUCGAGCUGAGCACGGUGAAGUCAAAGGAGUCGCGACUCGGCCAGACCGCGGCCUACUUUCCGUUCUUCAACGAGGAGCAUCCACGUCCGGCGCGCUCGCGUCCCAAGGAUCCCCGUGGCAUGAUACAGGCCUGUCUGCCCUGCUACGAAGACCUCAUGCAGCAGUGGAACACGCAGCAGGCAUCCCACAAACCGGAAUCGGAGCGUUCCUAUAUGCUGCGCAAACGUCCGACACCCGCAGCAGCAGCAGCAGCAGCGCCGGAGCGAACGACUUUUGUGUGCUAUACCUGUGGCACGGACACGCCCUCGUCACAGCUGCGACUCGUCUACUGCUGCCCCAAUGCCGAGCGGGAGCCCUUCUAUCCGUUCAUCAAGACCAUGAAGGUCUACAAGAAUGCUAGUCCCAUCAGUCCCCAGGGCAUGGUCCAGGUCUGCUCCAGCUGUAAUGAGAAGCACAGUGGACUGGCCGAGGGUGGGCCGCCGCCUGCCGCAGUCACAGCGCACCCAGUGGGUGGCUCGCCCAGUGCCGGACACUCGCUGGAGUCCAGCACAGCGCUGUAUAGUUCCAGUGGAGUGAUGGCACCUUUUGGUGGUGGUCGCAAUUCCCCAUCAGAGAAGUCGGUGGCCAAUUCAGAUUCCACCAGCAAUGUGCGGUUUAGGCCCUACGAGACAAACUCGAACAAUUCCAACUCGAACACGGCACGCGACCUCAAGCAGAUACGACGCAGCGACUCGCGGCCCAAUUCGCCCAGCUCCAGCCAGGGAGCCAUCGAGAAUGGCCAUGGACAGUAUCCCUGCUCCAUUUGCAAAGUGCUUUGUCCGUCUAACAAAAUGGAUUGGCUGUCGACCAGUGCGGAGCAUAUGAAUUCCCAUGCCAUGCACUUUCCCUGCCUGAAGGCCAAUGCCGCUGCCGCCGCUGCCGUUACCAGCAAUAAUAAUAAUAGUAAUAUUAACAACAAUAGCAGCAGCAUCAGCUCUGGCAGCAACAGCAACAACAACAAUAAUAACAACAACAACAACAACGAGUUGAACAGCAAUCGUGUGCUGGCGUGCAAGGACUGCAAGGACUACUUGGCCAGCCAGUGGGAAUCGAUGGAUGCCGAACGCGUGCCCCUAGAGCACAGAAGAUACAACAUUCCCUCGCCCAUGAUGACCUCCAGCUCACCGAACGGAUCUCGGCAUGGCGCCAUGAGCAUCAAUACACCGCCCUCCACACCAUCCAUAUCAUCGUCGACGCCUGCCAGCACAUCAAUCUACUGCUUCCUCUGCGGCCUACACUCGGACCUUACACUAGCUCGCGUACUCUAUGCCAGCAAAGAGGGUUCACGACCAUAUUUUCCACUGCUGCUGAAACACAAUUCUCUGCCGAAUGCUGAGCAGCUGCGCAACAAUUCGGCUUUGGUCUGCACUUUCUGUUAUCAUUCCAUGUUGAAUCAGUGGCGCAAAUAUGAGGCGCAAAGUCCGAGCGUGAGUCCGGCGGAACGUAAAUACAAUUGGCACGACUACAACUGCCACCUGUGCGGCAUUACGACUUAUAGGAAACGUGUGAGAGCGCUGCCCGUCAAUGAGUUUCCCUUUGUGAAGCACCAAAAGAGCGAUGACGGGCUGCUGCUGGAGAAUGGGGAGUAUGCCGUCGUCUGUCUCGAUUGCUACGAGAGCUUAAGACAACAAGCCUCGCAGCACGACCGCUUUGGGGUGCCCAUAUCUAGGCGGGCCUACAAUUGGGUGCCCCAGCCGCCGCCACCAGAGGACAGUCCCGAGUCCGCAGUGGCACGUUUGCCCUGCGGCGAGCGCUCCGAUCGCAUUCUCAUCAGCAAUGCACUGAGGCCCGUGCCAGGCAAGAAGACAACGUCGCCCAAGCAGUACGACAAGUCAAAAGAAGGUGAGUUUACCCAUUUGGCAAGGGCUAGAAAUAACUUCUACUCGCCGCCCAAGGCUGGACAGAAGCGACCGGCGACCAGCCCGGCACCGCAUAUACCCGUGCCGCAUCACCUGCAGACGCCGCCGGGCUCUGGUGUGGCCGGCAGCCCGGUGCCGCCCAACCAGACUAGUGGCCUGCUGAACCACGCCCUGCCCAGCAACCACAUUGGCACUCCAUCGCCACAGCAACACCAGCAGCAGCAGCAGCAGCACCAGACGCACCAGCAGCAGCAGCAGCAACACCAACAGCAGCAGCAGCAACAACAACACCAACAGCAGCAACAACAACAACAGCAGCAUCAAGCGCAACAGCAGGCGGUGGCUGCGGCAGUGCAACAGCAGCUGGCAGGUGUGGGCAUGCCCCCGGGUGCCAUAAGCGCUGCCGCAGCGGCCAAUAGUCGCGGAUCAUUUGCAGCUGCCCUGCGGACGCUGGCCAAGCAGGCGGACAUCAAGGAGGAGGAUGUGGGCGGCGACCGUGGGAAUGUGCCCACAUCGGUGGCCCAAGGGCCGCCACCGUCGUCAGUGCCAAUGAAUUCGGUGGCAGGUCGCUGCGGACCAGAGCGUGGCAUGUCCAACAGCGGUGGUGGCGGCGGGGAUGAUCGAAUGGGUGGCAGCAAGAAGCGCUCGCCACCGUCGCCACAGCCGCCGGAGAAGAUUGCGCGGCUGAGCCACACGCCGCAGAGUGCGUCCAUGCAGCCAGAGAUGCUGGCCAGGAGCGGCUUUCAGCCGUACAGAUCGGACGAGCGGCUGAUGCAUCCGGCGGGUGCCUUCCCCCUGGAGGCCUACUCACACUUUCCGGGCCUGCCGGGUCUGCCACCAGCAGCAUUUUUGAACCCUGCGGGACUGCAGUACUCGGAUCCGCUGUACUUGGAGCAUCGCUAUCAGCUGUUCCGUGCCGCCGGUGCCCAUCACACGCAUCCCCAUGCGGCUGCGCUGUACCCACAGAUGGCCUCGCCCUACUCGCACCUGUACUCGAUGAUGCCGGGCGCCGCGCUGGGCAUCUCGCCGGCCAUGCACGAUCGCAUCAAGCUGGAGGAGGAGCACAGGGCACGGCUGGCGCGCGAGGAGGAGCGCGAGCGGGAGAUGCACCGCGAGAAGGAGCGUGAGAUGCGGGAGAAGGAGCGAGAGAUGCGCGAGCAGCGAGAGAAGGAGCAACGAGAGAAGGAGCAGCGAGAGCGAGAGCGUGAACAGCGCGAGAAGGAGCAGCGCGAGCGGGAGCAGAAGGAGAAGGAGGCCCGGGAGCGCAAGAUGCGCGACGAGGAGCGGGAGAGGGAGCGCCAGCAGCUGCUGAAUGCCUCCCAUCACUACUCCAAUCAGCUGUACUCGCCGCUGAACCGCACCCUGCUCGGCAACAUGAUUCCCCACCUCAACCUGAGUCUGCGCGGUCCGCCCGGAUCGCUGCACGGCCUGCCCGGCAUGUCGCACUAUCAUGCGGCGGCGGCCAAUGCCCAGCGACAGAGCCCGCAUGCGGCCAUGGGCCUCAAUCUGGGCAUGGCGGGGCUGCCCGGCGUGGCGGCACUCGGCGGACACGGGCCCAAUCUGCAGCAUCAUCUGCAGCAGGCGGCCAUGGGGCUGGCGCAUCCGGGAGCAGCGGGUCUGACGCAUCCAGGAUUCUCGGCGGCAGCCUUGGGUCUGAGUGCGCAUCCUCACAGCCUGAACCUGAGCCAUCCACACAUGUCGCCGCAUCAUCCCGCCUCCAUGGCCGCCCACCAGCUGCCACCGCACACGUCCUCAGCGGGUGGCGGCGGCGGAGGAGGUCACAGCAACUCCAUUCCGGUGACUGCCGGCUCCAGCUCGUCCGCAUCCUCGCCGCACAGCAGCCUCAACCUGACGGCCGCCGUUAAGCUGAGCUCCGAGCAGCAGGCGGCCACCUCGACGCCCAGCAGCAUCAGCCUCAGCAGCAGCGGCGGGGGAGCGCUCACCACCUCCACGGCCAGCUCGCACAUUCCCACAAUGAGUCACUACUACCACCACGGACACCUGGCCGCGAUGCAUGCAGCGGCGGCAGCUGCCAGCGGCCUCACACCAACCGCUGCCCACCAACAGCAGCCGCUGUCCCAUCCCAGCUCGCCCAAGAUCACGCCACCCAUCGCUGGAGCUGCCUCCUCCAACGGAGGACGUGCCGGGGGCAGCCCACACGCGAUGAGGCAUCACCUGGCGGCUGUGGCUGCGGCAGCCCAACAGUCGGCAAUGAUCGAGAAGGCAGCUGCGGCUCCGGCCACGCAUGAACCAGCCACCCUGGACCUGACCGGAUCCAACUCCAAUUCGAGCAACCAGGCGACGUCCAAUGCCAGCAGUGGCCAGGCCACAUCCAACCACGAGCUGAACGGCGUCGAGUCCAAUGGAGCGUCGCAGGGCGAGAGCAAGGAGCAGGGUGCGGGAGGAGUAAUCAAGGAGCAAGAGCAGUCCAUGAAGAGCUCCCCGCCACCAGCGGCCACCGACAAGAAGCCAGCCACACCAAAUGCAGCGCCCGAGAAGCCACUGCACCCCGACAGCUCGCCGGAGAACUCUUCGCGCCGCAGCGCCAGUCCGCCCUCGGAGACGAAUACGUCGCUGCCAGCGAUUGGCAGUGGCGUCACUGCAGCAGCAGCUGGAGCAGCAGCAGCAGCAGCAGCAGCAGCAGAUGGCGCAGACAGCAAGCCCGCGCUGGGUGGACUGGGCCGCAGCAACAGCUCGGAGGAGGCCACCGCCUUAUGACACCAACUCUUCAGCAACUCGAACAACUAACUAGCGAAAAACUUUGGCGACAUUGGCAUGUAUUUGCUCUCGGAACGGGCGCUCCAUCAGCAGCGCAAGCGAAUGCUCGACGAGUUCCUGAAGCUGUAGGAGAAGACAGGCGCAAACAAAUGGAGCACAGCAAUAGCAAACCAUCUACAUAAAUUCCCAUAAUUGUAUAAUUGUAUAAUGGAUAACAGAUAUCAGAUAUUUGUUUCUUCUCGGUGUGUUACAAUCUAAUGUUAACCCCCAAACCAAACCCAACCCAAGUUGAAUACAAUUCUACAGCAAUCGGAAGGCAUUUUCAAUAUGUUUCUCCAUGGGGAAACUGCAUUAAAUGUAAAAUAUAUAUUGUGAAAUAAUUACAGAAUGAAUUAUCAUUGUAAGAUCUUUUAGGCACUUGCAUAGAACUCUGAGUGUAGUCUUUGUGUGUGUGUGUGUGUGUGUGUGUGUGUGUGCGUGUGUGUGUGUGUGGUGUCGGCUCUCCUUACCGAUAGUUGUAAAUGUUAGACUAAAACCUCUGUUAAAUUAAGAAAUUUAUAUAUACACAAUAAAAUACAAGCAGAAAGAGGAAAAAGCAGAAGCAGAAGCAGAAGCAGAAACAGAAACACAACAAAAACAUACUGAGUAGCUAUAAUUUAUUCUUAAAUUGCUAAUAAUUGUGAUUUGGAGAGUACGAACAAAUG